AUGGCGGGAUCUCAAGCGUCACAUCCUCAUCCCUACGUUCCGCGAGACUUGCAUCUUCCUGGCCACGUUCCUUGCUUCCUUUCUCAAUCCAACAUUCUCACCGCCUUUGCCUCCUUCACUCUCAUCCUCUUUUCCCUCACAUGGAUCUUCUCAGGACGGCUCAAGAAAACGAAAGUCGACAAGCUGCUAAUUUUCUGGUGGGCAUUCACCGGCCUCACACACUUGGUUCUUGAGGGUUAUUUUGUCUUCGCACCAGAGUUUUUCAAGGAUAACACUGGUUUCUACCUUGCUGAAGUUUGGAAGGAAUAUAGCAAAGGAGAUUCAAGGUAUGCAGGAAGGGAUGCAGCAGUAGUAACUGUUGAAGGACUAACAGCAGUUUUGGAGGGUCCAGCCAGUCUACUGGCCGUAUAUGCGAUAACGACCGGCAAAUCAUACAGCUACAUACUUCAAUUUUCCAUUUCUUUGGGUUAG